AUGUUAUUUGUGUGGAUCGAACCCACACCCUCUGGCGCAAGAGACAUGGUCAUUAUCCAAUACGCCAAUUGGGUCGUCAGCGAGGUCAAAGGAAACAUAACAUCACAAUUUCUAAAGUUUCCGCUCAAGGGUUGUCCUCAACGAAGACCUUUUCUCGCAGCGCAGACCAAUUCGUCCUUCAUCUCGCAGCCGAAGCAG